AUGACCGCGACUACGAGCCAAGUCUUCUCGUUCAUUUGCUGGAUCUUGCUGCUGUUGCCCUUGCUGGCUACGGCGGAGAUGCUGAGACCACGUGAGACGGGCCAGGCGAACGUCACAUCGACGAUGUACGUGGCGCCUCCCGUCUACUCACCGUCAUCGACGGCAUCGAGUAUCGACCCAACAAGACCAUCCCUCGAUACUGAUGCCUCAGCGCCUGUGAGUAUGGCACGUGUGGCUGGCGUCGUUGGAAUGUUACAUCCGCCGCAUCGGUGACGUGUAAACAGCGCGCUGAUGCCCUUCCACUCAUUCCAAGCACAGCUCUCCUAUCUGAGUGUGGCACAUCCAAGCCUCUCCUCGCUUGGCUCGGCGAUCCCGCUCCCCUCAUAUCUCACGACCGCAUCACCAAUCCGAGCAUGUCAGCUCUGGACGGACAUGUACAGCUCAAUAGCAUUGAUCGAAGGUCUUCCCAAGCAUAUGCAGUGUGACAGCCACAUACAUGUCCGAUGAAGCAUUCUAUUGCGUGUCAGCAUAUGUAGUGAUACGGAUGAGUGAGGAUGGUCAAAGGUGAUGGUAGUGCGACGACGUGAUCAAGAUUGCCUGAACCUCACCCCCCUGCUCGUGCGUGUGCCACUGCACCUCAAAGCAGUACCUUCCGUCUCUUUUCUCGUUCAGGCCUUCGCGUCCACCCAUCGUUGUGAAGAGGUUUAAACCCGUAUGACGUUGUCGCUGGUCGAAAGUUGCCGGUGACAAGAACCAGAUGCUGAUGUUCGUGAGGCUGGUGGAGAUAGGGAGAAUGCCAGUGUGGCGAAAGCGACUGACGCACAGCAGCAGCUGAUACUCUCCGCUCGCUGUUGGAGGCAGCGAUCUGGCUUCAUGAGCCUGGCCUUUGUCGAUGCCGACAUUGUGUUUGUGUCUUUGAGCAGACUUCGAGGCCAUUGGGCUGAUAGCUUGGUCGGUGUGAUGCACCCUGCGUUGAAGGCCUCGGGCAAGAAUGCGCCUUUGUGA